UAACGGGGAGUUUUUCUCUUUUUCUUGCUUAAAUAAUGAAUAUGAUAUAAUUAACUUAACUAUUGCUUCAGUAUUUAUUUAAUCACAGCAGCUACAUACCGUAAGAAUUGCAUUAGCUGAAGGUUAGCAACACUUUACGACAGCGAGGCUACCAAUGAGUGCUAGCCGGGUUGUAGCUUCAAAAAACGGCAGGAACAAAGCUUCCGUCGACCGGAGAAAGGAGCACCGAGCUUUCAGAGCAAGCAAGGUGCUGGCUGAGAGGAACCCGGCGGUGGUGGCGGUGGGAGCCUGGGUGGAAGACGGACAUGACUUCCUGGAGCACCCGAAUUCUCUUGCUUUGCUAACGGAGGAGCUCCAGGCAGAAAAGAGAAGGGAAAAAGAAGAGAGCCUUCGACGAUUUCAGGAUGAAGUCCGCCACCGUGUGGCACAGCGAGCUCAAGUCUUCAAGAAAAGACAGCAGCCUCACACACAUCCAGUGGUGACACCUGACAGGAGCUUCCCACAACAACAUUAUCAGGUCUGGACUCACAGUGUGUCUGCUGGUGAGAGGCUGAUGUCUGGCAGGGCUGCUGCUGCUGCUGCUGCACAACACCGAGUGAUGGAGAAGAGCUCUGAGGAGUGGAGCGGAGGCAUGAGGCAGGUCAGACUCAGACUGGCUGCCUGUCGGAUGAUCCCACAUGAGGAAACGACGUCAGAGCUUCCUGGAGGCAGAUGGAACAUCUCUCCUACCAGACAUAAAGCUGAAUCUCAUGUGCUGGAAGGAGAGGAGGAAGGUCUGGAAGAGGAAGAGGAGGAAGAGGGAGGCGAUUCACUCUUAAUCAGCCAGCAUGAAUGUCCUCUUGUUCAGCAAAAGGUAGUUGGACGUGCUUCGUGGAAUCCUGACAAAUUACACCCUGAUCCGGUUUUGAAAUCCAAACUCGGCGCCCCUCGCGUUCUGUGGCCUCUGAAUGACCAAGAAGAACUGAAAAGACAGCGUCAGUCUCAGUUCCUGAUGCACCGCCGUCUGGUCAUGAGCAAUGAGAGAGAGCAAGUGAAGGAGAACAAACAGCACAGGAAGCACCUGAAGAGGACGGCAAGGAUUAAAGCUGAGAAAGAACAGAUUCGUCUGGAGGAGGAGAGAAGGUUGGAGAGAGAUCGGCAGCUUGCAGAGGCCAGACAGAAGCUUGAGGAGAGAGAGCUGCUGAUUCUGGAGAGGCUGAAGCUGGAAGAGGAGGAGAGAGCUGUGGAGCUGCAGAGGAGAAAAAGAGAGGACAAAGGCAAAGUAGCUGCAAGGUUUAUUGAUGCUCUGAGAGCUCAGAUGAAGGAACGACUAUCUCAGGCGAAGCUGGACCUUCCUCCUCUCUGCUGCUGUGCUUCUUCUUUCUGGGACUCUCAUCCCGACACCUGCGCAAACAACUGUGUCUUCCACAACAACCCCAAAGCUUAUGCCCAGGCGCUACAUUCAACAAUGGUGAGUUUGGACUUACAGUAAAGGAAGCUGAUGGAAGCCACCUGAUUGAAUCAGCAGUGCACCAUUUUGGGAACAGUGUAAGUUUCCAAACCCACAAUCAGAUGAGAAGAUUGAUGUAAGGUCUGUUUCUGUCUGUCCAGAGCAGCGGUUAGUCCAGGAGAUGUUUAGCCUCCAGACUGAAAUAUUUAGCGCAUAUUCAAUGUUUUGACAUGAAAUUUGUAGUCUUCAUAGGUUAAAUACAAUUUAUUUUGCUGAUUGCCUGAUGUGUCAUCUAAUGCUACCAGGAGCCCGAAAUGUUUGCUUCUCCCGUAAAAUAUGUCAACAUUUGCAAGAUGGUUUGGCACACAGUUCAAUACAGCCAUUGAUGAUGUAUCCUAAUGACGCUGGUAAACCCCUGUCUUGGCCUUUGGUGCCAUUAUCAGGUCAAUUUCCUUUUUGGUUUAUGAUUAAAUAUCUGGAAAAUUAUU